AUGCUUGUUCCACCAGACAACUUCGCCCUAGUGGAAGAUGGAAUAUAUAGAUGCUCGAAACUGGAUCCUAUAAACCACUCGUUUGUGGAUACACUCAAUUUAAAAUCGGUGGUAUGGAUGGACGAAGAGAGGCCGACUCGACUUUUGUCUCAGUAUAUUGAAGAGAACAAAAUCAUCUUGUAUCACGUGGUGGACUCGAGUAUUUUGCAAGAUGAUGAAGAAUUGGGAAACACCAAGAACCAGGAUUGGAUGGUUCUUAAACCGGAGCUGAUCUCGAGAGUAUUUCAAAUCUUAUUGGACUCUACACACAACCACAACUGUCUUCUAGUGGAUAAGAGUGAAGUGGUGGUAGGAAUUUUAAGACACAUCGAGCGAUGGUGCUACUCGAGUAUAGCAAACGAGUAUAGGCUUUUUUCGGCUAACAAAGCCAAUUACAAUGUGGAGAGCUUUUUGGAGUUGAUUAACGUGGAAUUAGUGCCAUACGAGGAGUAUGAAGACGAAUGUGCAGUAGGUGAAGCAGAAGAAGAAGAAGAAGGACAAAAAAAGGAGAUUGAUGAAUACGAAUCGGUGAUACCGAAAGGUGUCUCGCCAAUUUCUAUCAGAAGACCGUCUUUUCUGAGACGUCACGGGAGUAGUUUUACCGAAAAGUCGCCGCUUCAGAAUUCACUAAGUUCCUCAAAGCUUUCGAUAUCAACAUCUCCGCAGAUUCCCAAGAAUUUGUUAAAAUUGGUGGAAGACCGAAAACAGAGAAAGAAGAAAGAGCAUCAUCAUAAGAAACAUGAUGGUUCACUCAAAGAGGAAGAAACGCCAGAGAAGAUAGCGAGAAAAGAUAGUGAAUGUAUUGAAAGGAAAAGGUCUUACUCGAGUAAGACCACAAGAUAUGAUUUCUAUAGACCGAAAAAGGAGUUCAACGUGAUUAAUGAUCACAACAAGGUACUUGCAACGACUAUCAAAGUGAGGUUGCCUAAGGAAGAGAAUUUGCCUAGAUGGUUUAUUGAGUUAAGGGAUGCUUGGCAGAGGACUUAG